GCUAAAUUCCCCGAAUGGCGAUGGUGUGGGCGGAUUCGAGUUGACAAUCAUUCACGGGAUUAACUCGGUUAGUUUUUUCUGUUGCCAUCAGCCUGAAUGACGGAGGGUUUAAGAAAUAUCAUUUGUGCGAACGGAAACACCAGAUCUAACUGGAUCCGUGUUGGGAGCAAUGGGAGGUUGUGAUGUCGGGAGGGGGAUGGUCUGAGCGCCUGGAUGAGGAGCAGCAGACGAACUGAUUGAUUUCCACGGUGCUCAUGUCCCGCCACGGUAAUAAAAAUGGGGGCCGACGGAAGUAAGAACAGGAAGGCCUCUGGAGCGGGGGAGGAUGAGCACAUCUCAUCUGGUUGGCGUGGUUUCCUGUCCGGCGUUGGUCUGUCCAUCCCUGCAAGCGUCUGUCGCCUUGCUCCACCUGCCCUACGUCUGGGCCACCAUCGAAUGCUCCAAAGCAAAGCCCCCGAGGUCCCAGAGCAUGUCCUAAGGUUGGCAGGGGUCGGACCGGGCAAGCUGAGGGCAGAAUGGUGCCUCCCAGGGUUUGUAACCAUGUUCCUGCCUGAAUUCCCCCACAGAUCAGUGCCUGGGCAUGAAUACUUUCAGGUGUUGGGUUACAUCGCCAAAGGUUCCUUUGGGCCAAUUCUGAAAGUUAAGGACAAAACCAGGCAGAAAACUUUUGCUGUCAAAGUUAUACCUAAAUCUGAGAUUCUACGACUUGGAGUCUUGGAUCAGUCAAAAGAAGAAGUAAUUGUUCAGCGUCAGAUUUGCCAUCCAUUCAUCCUCGACCUCCAGGACUGCUGGCAGACACAACGCCACCUUUACAUUAUGUGCGACUACUGCAGCACAGGAGACCUGUACACCUACUGGCAGAUGAUUGGUCAGUUCUCUGAGGACACGGUGCGAGUGUUUGCUGCUGAGUUGGGAUGUGCGCUAGGUUUUCUGCAUGAUUUUGGGAUCAUCCACAGAGAUGUGAAAAUGGAAAAUAUUCUGCUGAAUGACAACGGCCACCUCCGCUUGGCUGACUUUGGUUUGUCCCGCCGUCUGGAGAGAGGAGGCAGAGCUUUCACCAUCUGUGGAACCAUCCAGUACAUGGCUCCGGAGGUGCUGAGCGGUGGACCCUACAACCAUGCAGCUGAUUGGUGGUCACUGGGAAUUCUGCUCUUCUCAUUGGCUACUGGGAAGUUCCCCGUGCCUCCAGAGCCAGAUCACUGCAGUAUGCUGAGGAAAGUCAGGAGUUUUCCGUAUGAAAUGCCCCUCAGCUUCAGCCCGCCGCUCUCCUUAUUAAUAACUGAGCUUUUGUGCCAGAACCCCUCCCGCCGCUUAAAAACCCUGGAUCGUUUCAAACGCCAGACUUUUUUCCACGGAAUAUCGUUUGACCUCGACCGCCUCCAGCGUCAGCCUGUGGAGGUGAUUCUGGAGCUGAGAGAAAGGCCAGACCGUGUCGCCAAAGCUCGACGAGGCCUCACGUUAUCCCUGCAGCCUUUGAGGGGCUUCGACUUCGAUUUGCUCCUCAGCCCUCCCGCCACUCCGGAGACACAGCUGGACGCAGGCGCUCGCACAGCUGCACCGCUGCCUGGACCUGCAGUGAAGCAUCCUCAGGAAAAAGGUCCACGCAGGGAAGUGUUUGUGUGACGGACUUUGAGGCCUAGUCCACACGUAGCCGGGUUUUCUUAAAAACGAAUAUCCGCCCCUCCAAAAACUUGCAUCCACACCAUCUCGUUUAAAAAAAAAAACUGUCCACACGUACCCGGAUAAAUACGUUGUUAAGGACAUGCCAGACCUGUAGGCGGCAGUACUUCCCCCGUUCUUAACCUCGUCCUUCGUCUGUGGUCUUCCGCAAGGAGCAGUAAUCCCGCUUGCAAAAACAAACAAGCAAAAAGCGCUUGGACAAGUGAUAAAGCGAGCGCAGCUCUGAGGGCUUCCAUGCUGUCGGCUAGUGUAAACACAGGUCGCACACGUGAUGUCAGCAUUUUUUUGUCGUGGAAAGUGACGUUGCGGACCUUAAAACUCUGGUUUUGUCUGUGCACACGCAGACACCCAAAACGGAGAAAACGCAGAUCUUCACUUUGGCCGGAGUUUUUAAAAAGAUCCGUUUUCGUGUGGAUGACAGGCCAAAACGUAGAAAAAUAUCUACGUUUUGGCAGAUCCCCAGCUACGUGUGGACAGGGCCUUAGUUUACAGACAGACUAAAACACACAAUAAAUGACCUUUACACAGGCAUGGUGCACUUUACACAUUGUCCAAUUCCAAUUUAAUAAAGUUAAUCACUAUAUUGCUCUAUCUGUUAUUGAUGUUUGUGCUUUUUCAAGGUACUGAUCACAUUUUGCUCCUUUACUUGCUUGCCUUUCCCUAAUUGCCUCCCUGAUUUUUGGUUUUGUGAUUCUACACAUCUCUCCGAUUUUUCAUUUGAACCUUUUUGGUUCAUUACUGAUGAGAAAUCAUCCCCACUUGGACAAGUUGUGCUAGUCUGUAUCAAUGGAUUGUGUUUGAUCAUCUUUAUUUGUAGAAAUCCUAACAAAACAAGAAAAGUUUUAAAGGGGACAUUUUAUGCAAAAUGCACCUUUUGCAUCCUUUUGUGCUUCCAUGUACUGCCUCUAUAAACACUCCAAAUGUGGAAAAAAAAAACCUCAACUAUUUUUGGGAAUUAUGCGCCUCAAACUAGCCAUUUCUUAAAGUAAUUAAAAAUAAAUGAGCAUUGAAAUACCUCUCACAUGGACAGAUGCUGUUACGACGGCUCGACUGUGCGCCCCUCCUGGCUUCUCAGCUUAUAGCAGCCUGAGCGGUAAUGGGUGGGCGUGGCCAGCUCCAGCAUGUUUUCAUAAAGUGAUAGAGCUCUGAAACAGCUCAUUCUGGAAGGUACUGAAACUGUCAAGAAUAAACAGCUGAAAUCUUUUUAUGCGAGAGGAAUUUAAUGCAAAUGACUUCAUAAAAAGGUUUUGUAUCAAUCAUAGUCUUAUAACUUAAGUAAAAAAUAAAAAUUCAUCAUAUGUCCCCUUUAAAUCUUUUCCUCGUUUGUUAUAUUGCAUCACUGGGGGACCUUUUAUAGUAGAAAUGGACUACUCUUUGCUUCAUGCUGUGUUCUCUGUAAUUUAAACCUUCCUUUGUAGAGAUGCUGUGUGACCCAAACAUUUACAAAGUUUACCUCCUCAAAGUAAAGCAGCAGCUUUGGAUUCUUACGAGCAUGCCUGUAAGUUUGUAGCUUCAACCCAGCUGCUUGUGGGUUGUGAUAUUAUUAACACAGAAGUUAUUUUUUGUUGCUACAUCUAUGACUGGAAAUCUUCAUUUUCCUCCACUCGUCUGAAUUUUGCGUUAAUUUACAUUUUCAAAACGCCAUAUCAGCAGAGAUAUCAAGGCACCCAUACGCCUUGCUGGAGACAAUGCGGCGCUACUGCUGCUAAUCAUUUGCAUAUUUUUUGGGACUGUCCCAGGUUAAAGGAAUUUUGGACGGGAGUGCAGACCUCGUUAAAUGCAGUUUUGAACAUUCAAAUCCCUUUAGACUUUAAGGUUUUAUACAUGGGGCUGGUCCCCUUUCUGAAAUGUAGGAGUGAGAUUAAGUUGGUGCAACUACUCUUGGUGGCAUGUAAGAAAACAAUAAUGAGACGAUGUCUGAGCCCUGUCCUCCCCACACUGGAUGAUUGGUGUGGGAUUGUCUUAGAGAUAUUUAGGAUGGAAAAACUGACAUAUGUGUUAAAUAAUCGGAAGACCAAAUUCUAUGAAAUCUGGAACAAGUGGAUCUUAUUCAUUACCCCCUCAAGAGCGGACUUUAUGUGAUUCAACUGUUAAUCAACUUUUUGUAACCUAGCAAUUUCAUUUCUUUUUUAGGCAGCAGCACAGGCAUCCCCUCAGUUUCUGGUAAUGUUUACUGUUUUAUAUAAAUGUGUUUCAUCCUUCAACUAUUACAGGUUCCUCUCGCGAGCACAGUCACUUUUCAGUACUUUAGAUAUUAAGGGACUCUCGUUGAUACUCCUCUAUGAAGGAUGGGAUGCUCUUGCCGUCCACUACUCAUCUUGGAUUCAGUUGGGGAGGAGGGAAAAAAAAACUGGAAUGACUCUGUUCCUAUGUCAUUUACAUCUUGUCAUGUUUAUUGCUAUAUGUUCAUUCCAAAUAAAGAUUUAAUAAAAAAUAAAAAUAAAUUUACAUUUACACCUGCACUAAUUAUCCGGAAUGCCUCACGUGUGAUGCUGAGCUUGCUUUCUAAUUUCAGAAUGCUUCUGUACAUAUUUAUAAAUAUAUAUAAAUACAUUCAUCUUAAUAAAAAUGUAUAUGGAUA